AGGCCUGAUUCAAAAGUCAAGGAAAACAAAAGACCUGAUUCUUGUUCGAGUAAGAUGGAGGUUAGAGCUCAUGAGCCAAUGAAUUUAGAUGACAGUGACGAUGGCUUGUCAUAUGGCAUCAUCAAAUCACGCCGAUCGCCCAGAAAGCCUUCAAAUUUCGUGGGAGCGCAGAAGAAUCCAUUGUUGAGGUUAGACAGAAUAAGAGAUGUUGUCAGCCUCUGGUUGAGUUAUCCUGUUAGAACAGUGCAUGAUAGCAAACUUAAGACAUGGAUUCAUCAACUUUCGAAUGCGCAUGGCUCAGUAGCAGAAAAGUACAGUCUGAUCCUUGAGGACCCGCUCCAUUACUUGGAAGACCUUGUACCAAUGGAAAUGUUGAUGGAGAAUGAGACAGAAGCAAUUUGUAGUCCCAUGGUUGAUCAAAAUAAGAUACCAGAUGCUAUUCUCAAUUUAGCUGCUGAUCUUGCUAUAAAUCAGCUGGUUCAAAUCUUACUUUUUGGGGAUGGUCAUGCGCUCAACAUUCGCCGUGUCAUGAUUCGUACCAGAAAUAAUGCAGAACGAAGACAAGUUUUUGAAAAACUGAAAGUGGUACUAAAAGAUAUGGAAGAUCUGCCUCGUUUUAAUGAAAUCUUUCAUGGAGUUUUGUGGAUUGAUGUGUCAAUGAGUCAAAGCCAAGUAAACGUAGAGGCUUAUGCUAAGCAACAAGUCGAUCUGCAGCUUCGCCAGUUGUCAAGGAUCGGGAAGAGUGAUCACCAAAGCAUGAUUCGAAAGAAAUAUUUAGUGGUUGUUUUCGAUGGGUAUGCUGAGAAAACUAUAGAUAUGAGGAAAUUGAAUUUGCCUAUAGGUGAGGCUGUUAUGGUGUUGAUUACCACUGAAUCUCGAGAGCAAGCAAAUGAUAAAAGAACAAAAGCGAUAGAUCUGGCAAUCAGUACAAAUGAUCAUUUGUUGCCAUGGAGAGUCUUUUGUCAAACCGUAGGCAAUGAGCUUGUCUUCUCCUAUGGUGCCCUCCAGGAAAUUGCAGUACGCAUAGUUCAAGAAUGUGGUGGCCAUCUUUUAGCCAUUGUCCUUCUGGCGAAGUCAUUGAAGAAUGUGAAAGAUGUCAAAUUCUGGGAACUUGCACUCUACAAAUUGUGCUGCCUUAAUCCUUCUUAUGACAUGAAUAUGUUUCAGGAUAUAAGCAAAGUUACGGUUACUACAUUCAUAAACUUUAUCUGGAAUGAUAUGGAUCAAACGCUGAAGCAUUGCCUCAUGAGUUGCUUAUUCAUCCCUGAUAUCAAAAUCGGUAAGUUCUCAACUGAAUUGGUGCAUCAUUGGAUUUCUUAUCAGUUAACAGAUGAUCGAGAAGCCAUGCAUAUCUUGACCGAGCUUGUAGAACGCUCUGUCUUGAUCAGAGAUCAAUCAAAUGAUUUGUAUGUCCAGUUGCCCGAGGACACAUAUGCUAUUUUGCAUUCAUUGAACACCCUAACCCCGUUGUUCAUGAAGAAAUCUGGAUUAGGGUUGACAGAGCCACCUAAGGAUGAGGAAUGGCAUAGUGUUGUGCAUAUGGAACUUGCAAACAAUAAACUUGCUGAGCUGCCUUUGUCUCCAAGCAACCCUGAACUCAAAGUGUUAUUGUUGCAGGGAAAUGUUGAUUUAACAAGAGUGCCAAAUACGUUUUUGUUAAAUGCCCUUGCUUACGAUCCUAGACUUAUCUUACACUAGUGUGCGUGAACUACCAGACUCUCUUUUUGAGUUGGAGCAGCUCAGAGAAAUGUAUUUGAAAGGUUGUGAAUGUUUCAUGAAAUUGUCACCAAAAAUUGGAAAAUUGAAGAAACUUGAGAAGCUCGAUCUUGACGGAACUGAGAUCAUACAUCUGCCAGAAGAGAUUCAAGAGUUAACCAAGCUCCAAAGCUUGUUCCUUUGCUUCUGUGAAUAUCGUGGCAAAAAAGGCAAGCAAUAUUCGUGCCCAACAAUUAUUCCAUCUGAGGUAAUCUCAAAACUCAAGGGGUUAAAACAUUUAGGUAUUGAUGUGAACCCUGAUGAUGAGCGGUGGUAUGAGAAUGUACUGGACAUUCUUCCAGAAAUCUUGGGAUUAGAGCAUUUGCUGACUCUUAACUUAUAUAUCCCGCAUCUGGAACUUUUAAAGUUCAUACCAGACCGUAUAUUAUUGCGGGGUGAUUUUAGAUUUAUUGUUGGUAGGCAUAUGCAAAGGAUCAUAUCAAGUACCCCAUCCACAUGUGAGGCAAAAUUUAAACAAAGUGGCUGUAGCUUGAAGUUUGUAAAUGGUGAUGAUGUCCCUAAUGAAAUUGAAAGGCUUGUUAGACACAGUAAGGCUUUAUUUCUGGAGAGACAUAAGACAAUCAAUAGCCUAUCAGGAUUUAACGUGAUGAAUUUAGAGCAGCUGCGCGUAUGUAUGUUGGCAGAAUGCAGAGAAAUGCAAACAGUUGUUGAUGGAAGAAAAACAAUUAGGGGUAAUGACAUUUUCUCACAUUUGCUAUACUUGUGCAUAUCACACAUGAAGAGUUUGAGAAGCAUAUGGGAAGGGCUACUUCCACCUCGCUGCUUUUUUGGUAUGCUGAAGUGUUUAGUACUGCAAAAUUGCCCGGAGUUAACAACUAUCUUUACCUUGGAUUUUUUGGGCAAUCUUUCACUAUUAAAGGAGAUUAUAGUUAAGGAUUGUCCCAAAGUAACCACGUUGAUAAGUGAUGGAUCAUUCAAACAUAAAGGAGAGGUCUUCCUGCCUAACUUGAGAAGGAUAUUACUUCUCCAUCUUCCUGAGUUGAUCACUAUUUCCAAUGGAUGUUACAUAGCUCCAAGCUUGAAUACUAUGGGAAUUUAUGAUUGCCCAAAGCUCCAAAGCCUUUCUAAGUCGGAACUGUCAAGCCAAACUCUGAACAUCAAGGGAGAAAUCAAAUGGUGGGAUCAACUGCAAUGGAGCAGAGAAGAGUGUGGAAUACCGCAACGACCGUCUAAGUUUGAUGGCAUUUUUUCCUCAAUUGAUAAUCAGGUUGAUAUAAUGACUCAAAUGGGAAAUGAUGGUGAUGAUAUUGAUGAUAAUGCAGAUAUGAUGUCGCUACAGACUUUAUUUGAGCACCCAGAGCAAAAUGCCGAAACAUUUAGCAGAAUCAGUGAUGAUAUUGACGAUGAUGCAGAUAUGAUGUCGCUACAGACUUUAUUUGAGCACCCAGAGCAAGAUGCCGAAACAUUUAGCAGAAUGCGUGAUGAUAUUGACGAUGAUGCAGAUAUGAUGUCGCUACAGACUUUAUUUGAGCACCCAGAGCAAAAUGCCGAAACAUCUAGCAGAGUGAGUGGUGAUAUUGACGAUGAUGCAGAUAUGAUGUCGCUACAGACUUUAUUUGAGCACCCAAAGCAAGAUGCCGGAAGAUUUAGCAGAGUGAGUGGUGAUAUUGACGAUGAUGCAGAUAUGAUGUCGCUACAGACUUUAUUUGAGCACCCAAAGCAAGAUGCCGGAAGAUUUAGCAGAAUGACUUUUUCAGUCUCAAGAAAAAUACCUGAACCUGAAGAUCAUACUCCAGAUGAUGGGUACAGUUGGAGGAAGUAUGGCCAGAAAAUAGUGGCUGGAUCCAAAAUUCCAAGUUCCUAUUACAAAUGUACUCAUGUAGGUUGCCCAGUUAAAAAGAAAUUAACGCGACGAUCUGAGGAAGACCUAACAAUAGUUGAAAUCGUUUACAAGGGAACACAUACGCACCCCAGUCGCCAGCGUGACAGAUCCCUCCACGAACUAAAGUCCAAUGUCUUCGAUGAUGACUAUAGAUGGAAGAAAUAUGGUGAGGAAAUCAUUAGCGGAUCACCCAAUCCAAGAAGUUAUUAUGGAUGUGUUUCCACAGAUUGCUCUGCUAAAAAACACGUGCAAGUAUCAGAUGAAGAUCCAACCAUGGUCGAAAUCACUUCCACUGGAGUUCACACUUGUUCCACCCCAUUUUGUGAAGACGCUGCCGUGAACGAACCAUGUGACUCAGUACUGACUCAGACUUGACAGGAGUUGAUCAGAUUAUGCCGACAUCCUCCAAAGGAUUUAUUUGAAAAUUGUUACGUCCCGUCUUGUUUUAAACUCCCGUUAGAUAUGACUUGUUAUGAUAUGUGCUGCUACUUAGUUUACUGUACGUCAGAAUUUAUUUCAAUAAGAAAAUGGAUUCAGAGACAAUAAAAAAAUCCAUUCAAUAUAUAUUUUUGCUGUUGGUAAAGUUUCAA